AUGUCACGCCACACAGAUGCGUUUGACAAGGUUCAUCCGGACCUUGUUGACCUACUGAUUCGUCUUGAUCUCCUCCCCACUAAGGGACACAACAGAAUUUCAGAAGCCUACCUCGCAAGAACGAUAUUUCUUGCCCUCGAACUCGCAGACCCCGAAGAGCAGGCUCUUCUAGUCUCACGAAUCAUGCCAGAAGACGAGUUGGCAGCCCAACGGCUGCGCAGUCCCGAAGUCCAAAAUACUUCCCAUCGCGUUGUAUUGGACCGCGAAGAACGAAGGGCCGCAUUUCUCCCAGACCCUUCGGAACCUGAACCCGAAAGCAUCGGCGAAGAAUGUAUUGUCUGUACCGAGAGUGCUCACGUUAGAGUACCCUGCGGCUGCAACUACUGUUUGUCUUGCUAUCGCGAAGCCCUCCGACUUGGUCUUCGCUCUCAGGAAGAGUUCCCCCCUAAAUGCUGCCAGCCAUUCGAUGAAACAGCGGUUGCGCUCGCACGCUCCCCUACUCUUGUCCAUAUAUUUCGACAGAUGGACGAAGAACGUCAGAUUCCAAUUCCCGAUCGAGUCUACUGCCACGAUGGCAACUGUGCGGCAUUUAUACCGCCAGAUCGAAAAGGACGCUGUCUUAUUUGCCACGACAAAACGUGUCUCGAUUGCGGUGCGAGACGCCACCGCGGACAACCCUGCACUGAAGGAGAUGUAGAAGAAGAUGUCUGGGCCACCAUGGACGCCAACCGAACUGUGAACUGCCCUGACUGCGGGAGGAUGAUCGAGUUGUCAGCCGCAUGCAACCACAUGAAGUGUCCCUGCCUUUGCGAGUUCUGCUAUUUGUGCGGCGUAGGAUGGAAGGACUGUCGUUGUACUUUGUACGGGGGGUUUGAGACAAUGGUGCCCAUGCGGGACCGCCCUGGUGUCAAACCACCACAGUUCCGCCGUCGGCCUCGUACAGAGGCACCGACUUCCCAAAAUGUCGGGACUGAAACGCUUAGGAUCCCGCGGCUGCGUCCUAACUCCGGAGAAGAAGAGAGACAGUGCAAAGCUUUGGCUUCCAGGCGAGUGAUCCGACCGCUGGCGUUGCCGCAGCACGAGGAGGCUCUUCGUGAACAACAACUGAAAAGAGAAAGGGCUCAGAUAGCCCGAAUGGUACAGAGACCCCAAAUCGCCGAAAUGCAGAGAAGGCUUCCAGUUCAGAGGCAACUAGGAGGGAUGUUCCAUGGAAUCCUUCCUGAUCCCUUCCCCCCAGUAGUCAACGAUCGUCAGGCCGUUCCUCGCCUUCCUAACGCCUAUCCUAUACCAAACCCUCCCCAGCAUGACGCACUGGGUGGCCAUGGUCGUCUUGGAUAUAGGGACUUGGUAGGUAGACGCAUGGUUCCUGGCGGCUUUGAAUACCUCGCGCCAGCGAUGGGACACAGGGGAAGAGAAGAGCAACAUCAGCGUCAUGAAGCCGUCGGCGGCAUGCUCGACGUUGAUGCCAUUGGCGACAUGUGGGCAGCUCAACAAGCUCGACGAGACAACGUUUUCAACGAAGCUAUGAUUUUGGCCAAGGAACCCACCGCCACCGCCAUCGCCAUCGCCAUCACCAUCACCAUCACCAACAUCGCCAUCAUCAUCAUCGCCAUUGAGAAGGUGGGAUACACUGUUGCGAUCUUCUCUUUCUGA